AUGUACACGAACAUUGUCUCUGUGCUCGCCCUGGCCGGCGCUGCUCAGGCCCACAUGUCAAUGUACUACCCGGCUCCCUUAGGAGGAGCCCCUGCCAUCAACAAGCAAUCAACGGAGCUUGACCCCGAGUUCAACUUUCCGCUUGGCUGCUGUGGCCCUGACGGUGGCGACAGCAGGCCCUCUCCUGGUAUUUGCCGCGGUCACCUUGACAAGUUCGACACUGAGGAUGCUACUGUCACCUGGCAGCCUGGACAAGACGCUUACUUCCAACUGACAAACUAUGACUACGACCCAGCGGCGCCUGGUGGUACCCACUAUGGAGGAUCUUGUCAGGUCGGUUUCUCGACCGACAAGGGUAAGACAUGGAAGAUGGCCGCUUCAUACCACGGUGCUUGCCCACAUGCCACCGAAGAUGGAUCACCUGAGGCCCAGACCUUCGACUUCAAAGUACCUACCGGUAUGCCUGAAGGUGAUGCUAUCUUCGGUUGGGUAUGGCUCAAUCGCGAACACGAGUCAUUCAUGAACUGUGCUAAAGUCCACAUUGGUUCUGGUUCUGGUGCUGGCUCUGGCGAUAGCACUGAGCCCAGUGAGCCAUCUCAGUCUGCGACGCAGCCCGAGCAGCCAGCAUACUCCGAGACUGAGCCUGAGGAGACUCCUCAGCCAACUUCCGCACAGCCUGAGGCUCCCGCCGAGGACGAUAAGAGCUCCGAGCAAUCGCCACCCGCUUCGCCUGUCGAGGACAGCCCGGCUGUCGUCGUUACCACUGUCAUAGCUACUACUAUCUACGAGCAGUACCAGCCCACACAGACAGCGACCAACGACUCCGAAGCUUCCGGAGAGAGUGAUGACUCAAGUGACGGCCACUGGUGGAACCGUCCUCACCAGAAGGUUAAGGCAGGCACUCGUCGGUAUGCAGUCGACGGCUCUCGCUGUGAGUGCCGUCGUGACGAGCUUACCCUUGCGGCUCGCUGCUCCUGCGAUUCUACCAACAAGGCCGUCGAGCGCAAGGCUCUUCGCAUGCACCGCCGCACCUUCUACAAGCGUGUUGAUGCGUGUGAUUGGAACUCAGCCCCCAGAAUGGAGGUCUCGUACUUCACUGAGGAUGCCAACUGCGCCCCCAAUGCUAAGGCUCACAUGCCUGAGAGCGACACUUUUGAGUUGGGCUGGGAUGUCAACUGUGGUGUCGUUGAUGGCCAGAGUGAGUAUGAGAUCAAGACCAUGAGCUGUGACAUGUAUGGUUAG